AUGAAACGCUCCAGCGAUCGUCAUCAAACCGACUCUCCUCGUAAAAUAUUGAAACGUGAUCGUGAGAGUUUCGAAUCGUUGGAUAAAGAGGCUUUGAUUAAUAAAAUCGUGGCGAUAACUGCUGAUUUGGAUGACGUCAAUAAGGUGAUAAACACAGCAAAACGUCGUGAGGCGCUGUGGCGACAGAAAACGUCUGAUAAGGAGAACGAAAUUAAGGAGCUUACUAAAGAGCGGGACAAAGCAUACUACAAUGGAAUAAGUCAUGGCCCGGCACAUCGUGACCAACACAUUGAUCCUCUUUUCUAUGAAGCAUUUAUCUCCAUGAAAGAUAAGCUGGCUGUUAAAGAUAAGAUCAUAGCAGAGAAUCAGAAGACUAUCAACAAAAUUUCGCAGGAGAAAAAUCAGGACAAAUCUAUUCUACAGUUUGUGAAGGGAAGAUAUGCAUUUGUGCAGCGACUACGAGAGGACGAAAAGAACUUGCAGGCAAUUGCGAAGCUGGAGAAUAAUUUAGCGUUAGUUCAGGCUACAUUACGCGCUUUGAGGCAAGAAAAACGAGAUCACAUGACUGAACUGACUGAACGAGAUGCAAAAAUUGCUGGUUUGCAUCAGGAGCUGCACCAUCUGCGUAGCUUAGUUUUGGAAGAAUCCGCCUCCAACAAAUCAGGAGAUGCAAUUGCGAAAGAAAAGAAUAAAUUAAACUCUGAUGGUCAACUCGAACACGAGAAGCCAGUAUUCCAGACGCUUGCAGAAGUCAGUGAUUCGGCUAAUACUGAAGAAAACAAUGGAAUCGAAGUGGACUUGUCAGUUCUGCAUGAAAUGGGCAAUCAUGGGAACAAGAAAGAGCCAAUCACUCAUUCAUCUGCUGAAGAGCGAUGUGUCUCUGUUGAAGACAACGGCACGUUAAAGAUUACAGUAUAG